AUGGAUCUAUCCCAUCUCACACGGCCUGGCAUUUUGUGUCAGUGUGCUCGGUGCUCCAGCUCGCUGGCUGCACUGGAGAAUGAGUGGGCCAAACUAUCUAAUGCCUACUCAAUUCCAACGGCAUGGCUCAGUGUCGACCUCCAUCGCAUCUCCGUUUCUUCAGAGCGGAAGCAGAUCCCUCAGACAUCGGAUAUGACACUGUUACGUGGCCGUGUCAUCCAAGAAGUGUCAUGUAAACUCUGUCAGCAACGGAUGGGGGUACUUUGUCCACUUGACAACGGGAUGAAUAUUCUGUGGAAAAUGUCGAAAGUUGCUUUUAGGGAAAUUGUUACCAUGCGAACGGUGCAGCCGGCCUUCAAACAGGGGGCCCUUGAACGACUGAUUUGUCCCCCAAAAGAACCUCCGCGCCGAAACCCCGACCUCGUCCAGGGCAGUGCACUAGUGCCAGCUGGCUGCACAGACCGCACCACCCUCGAUCCCUCUAUGCAAAACCAAAUGCUCCAUCAGGGUAGAAGCAUUGAUCAGAUUUCCAACUCAGUGAACCACCUCCAAGACACAAUGUCAGAUCUCAAACAUUCAUUUACAGCACUUCGAAUUGAGUUGAAUGGACCCGGCCGAAAUCUGGGCGAAGGUUCCAUACUGCAGGGACAAGACUUUGACAUGAUUGCUAUGGUGCUGAAGGAGUUAAAGUCCAAGUCUGACGAGAUCGAGAAACUGAAAUUGGAGAUUGAAGCUCUGAAAAUGAAGAAUCGCUACAUGGGAGUGACCCUGCCACAGCAGCAAGAGUCAUUGUCGGUAAUGAACAUGAACGCUGCGCUCCCCGAAGUUCGGAGCCCCGGCUUGCUUCAAGCGGGCCGGAAACGUAACUGGCCUGACGCAUUCCCGGGCGAUCGCAGUCAGGCAAUCGCGGACUCGUUCGACGAAGACGAUAUGGUUGACGAAAUGUCACUAUCAGAUCCCCCGAUUUAUAGCUCCCGCGUUCCUCUCAAUGACGAGCGCCAAACCGCAAUUACCAACGGGCUGCCGGCACAAGAGCAACUUAGGUCCCUAGAGGUGCAUAUCCCUGCUGGAGAGCCCCAAAAUACCUCUAACUCCCUUCAAUGCCAAUCAUAUACCCUACAGCAAACCAUAGCCAAACGCCCACGUCUGGGUACGCCGGUUGAAAAUAGCACCCAAACAGCCCCUUCAGAGUCCCAAGAUGUUCCUCAGAAAAGACAGCCUGGCAGGCCGAGAAAAUCGAUCAGCCAACCCACCAUCCCCGAUUCCACCGAAUCACCCACUACCGCUCCUUCUAGCACGCAAGAGGAUGUCGAAUCAAACGGCCAGCAAAACAUAGUGCGACGUCGCGCAUCUCGUCGCAGCCUGCGUGCACAAUCCCUUGGCCCAAAUAUCAACCGUGAACUUAGUCAAGACGACCAGCAGAAGUCACAAGAUUUGACCAAGGCCCCUCUUGAGACUCACACAGCACCCAACAAAAAGAGCAAGCGUAAUACCGGCUCUCCCAAUGGGAAACGAACUGGUGGUCCAGAUGAUAAUGGAGACGAGGCCGCUAUGAAUGAGAAGCGGAAAGCUAAGGUCGCGGCGCGGGACGUCAUGGCCAAGAUGGCUUUACAGCAUGAAGAGGCCUUGGAGGCCGAGAAUGCACGAUAA